AUGAGGAUCUACAGUGGUACAUAUUUGUUCAUAAGGAAACUGCACUCUGCAUCACAUAUUUGGUAUCCGAGCUCCCGAUUGUUGCACAGUGUGUCGCAAACCGAACCUCCAAUUGAGCGUAUAGAGGCUGCAGCAUCCGUCGAACACUUAGAGAACCCAUUACAUGGUACAGAUUGUGCUAUUAUUGCUGAAAUAGACGAGACAAUGUCAUCAAAUUCCAGACGUUCGUGCACAGAUGAGUGGAUUACAGCUGCAAAUACAUCGGUUCUCGCCGAGAAGCAAAUAUUCUUUACCAAGAAACAGUUGUACUCGAAACUUCAUGUACUUGCUUUGCAAGAGAAGUUCCAAUUCCGGGUAAGCAGGUCAAGCUUGAAAAUGUUAACAGUUGUCUGUGUGGAUGAUAAUUGCAAGUGGAUGAUACGUGCUUCUAUUGUCAAGCAAUCUGCAAUCUUCAUGAUCCGUAAGUUCGUUGCAGUUCACACAUGUUCCCUUGAUUUUCGUCGUAACGUACAUCGGCAUGCCACUAGUCCUGUAAUUGCAGAGCACAUUUUGGGAAAAUUGGAUACUCCAUACCGAUCAUAUCCGCCUACUCAUAUUGCACGUGAUAUGGAACUUGAGUUUGCUUUUGGUGCAAGCAUUCGUGGAUACAUGCAGUACUUAAGACCCGUUAUUUGUGUUGAUGACAGUCACUUGAAAGGUCCAUACAAAGGUACACUCCUAGUGGCAACUGCCCAAGAUAGUAAUAAACAGAUUUAUCCGUUGGCAAGGGGAAUCGUGGAUGCUGAAACCAAUAAAUCGUGGAAGUGGAAAAAGAGUAUUCAGAAAGCUAUUUCUCAGUUGUUUCCGUCGUCUCAGCAUGGUUAUUGUAUAUGGCAUAUGGAAAAGAACCUAAUACAGCGGUAUAACAACGCAAGCCUAUUAUUUCUAUUCAAACGAGCUGCUACAACUUUUCGGGUCGAGGACUUUGAACGACUCAUGGAACAGAUUCGUAGAGUGAGCGAAAGAGCGCACUGGUACUUGGAGCGAGCGGGAUAUUCAUUUUGGUCCAGAGCACUAUUUAUUGGACACCGUUACAAUAUUAUGACAAACAACAAUGCAGAGUCGUUGAACACAAUGUUGAGAGAAGCCCGGUCGUUACCGAUAACCUGCUUGGUUGAACACAUUCGAAGUACUAUGCAGAAGUGGUUUUACGAACGUCGAGCAAAUGCGGAAAAAUGCAGUACCUUAUUGACACCAAGGAUGGAGAACGAGCUACGGACGACUUUCGAAAAUGGAACUAGGCUUCGAGCCCAUGUCCUGACAAACAACUUGACGCAGGUUGGAAUAUCCAACAACACGGACAUAGUUAACUUGUCCGAAGAAACCUGCACAUGUCGUGAGUUCCAACUAAACCGUAUGCCAUGUAUUCAUGCAAGUCAUGCUGCUUGCUUUAGAGGGAAGAUGUUGUACGAGCUUUGCUCCCAUUAUUAUUCAUCGGACUACUGGAAGGGUGCCCACAGCGAAACUAUAUAUCCUGUUCCGAGGGAAGUGGAUUGGGUUGUUCCGAGCUUAAUUACAUGUACUCCUAUUUUUCCACCACUCGUACGUCGUCCUCCAGGUAGACCACCAACCCACCGUAAGCGUUCUAGGUAUGAGUAUGCAUGGUCUACCAGAAAAUGUACCCGCUGUGGUAGAGUUGGUCAUAAUCGGACCACGUGUUCAAACCCCCCGUGUAUCACAUGCUCCUUAAAGAUUUGCAGGUUAAUAGAUGUUGUAUGUUAA